CUUUAGGCUAGUUUGCUCACAUGAGUAGGGCAGCUGCAUGUACACAGCUGCUCGCCCACACUGUGUGGAAGGCGGCGGCUGCUUGGGUCAGAUGCCUCCGACGAUGGUGCGGCAGCCUUGCCUGGCAGCGCGAGUUGCCAGAGGUGGUCAUGCGAAAGCAACUGGUGGCAGCCUGGGUCACAGCAGCUAGGAAUUCCACCCUGCUGAGACUGAAGCUGCAGGGCGACGCAGUCGCCGAGCUGACGGUGUCUUCACGUGCAGGCGCCGAGCAGUUCCUUAACUUGUGUGGGGCAAGGCUAAAGAAGGAGCACUACCGCAACGGGGGCGUGGCCAAGAGCCGCUUCGUGCUCUGUGACGAGGGCGGCUCCCCGCUCGCGGUCUUCGGGGUCCUCUUUGGCCAUGCGGAAGGGGCUCCUUUCGUGCAGAUUGUGGGUGAGGCUGGUGAUGAGGAGACGCUGGAGCCGUUCGAAGACUGGGUUGUGGUUGCCACAGAGCAGGUGGUGACUGCUGUCCCAGAGGAGGUGGAGAGAGAGGCGGCGCGCAUCGCGUCCGUCAAGGCCCGGGAGCGGCGCUGGCCCGGCGACGGCAACCUGCGGCCUGUGCCCGCGCCCAGCGCGGAGCUCCGGGCCAGCUUGUACAGAGACAGCUUCGCGGCCUCCACGCAGGAGAUCGAGGUGGACGCGUCUUGGACUUGCGCCAUCUGCCUUCGGGGCCCCGAGCCGCUACCGCGGCAGCUGCCCUGCGGCCACGCCUUCCACGGCGCCUGCAUCAAGGCCUGGCUACGGCAUGGCAGCAAGUGCCCCUUGGGGCGGUGCUUGGUGCACCAGGACGUGCUUGCCGCCUUGCGCACGGCCAUGGAUUUCAGUCUUCCAGAGAUGGGGGCCUGGCCCAUGCUUCCGGCAGAUGUCGUGAAGGACAGCGGGGUGGCGGAGCACGGCAACGGCAGAGCCGCGCUGCCCCACGAGCGACGGGGCCGAGGCUGGCAGCGCUUCCGCUGCAAGGAUUUCAAUGCACAGAUCUUGGUGGAGCGCUUGUGCUGAGGGCAGCAGUUUCACCGGCGGGCUGGAGGCCAUAGGCCUCGGCACAGUAGGCCAGGGUAGAUGUGACCUCAAGCAGCAAGGGAGGUUUGGUCGAUCUUGACAUCCCUUGAGGACCCCCGCCCGCUGGAAGGCAGAGAAAGAGCGAGGGCCCAUGCAACAGGCAAUGGGAGCCCGACAUCGCAAAGUCCGAUCUUGCCCUUAGCCGCUCCUCAGACUUGCCAUUGUAAGCCUGGGGGGGCAUAGCCAGUCUGUCCUCAGGGUUGUUGAUUGGCGCAAAUUCGUCCCGCGCUUCGCACCUCCGUGGCAGCUU